UAUUUAACAGAACUGGCAUCAACUAUUAAGGGCCACACUGAAAACUUCCAUGAGAAUAUUAUAUAUUUAUUAUAUGACUUAAUAUAACUUUAUUUUUUAUUAAGUUAAAAUGGAAUUUUUUUCUAGUUAUCAGAUGACAAUAAAAAAAAAAAUUCCCCCCCUGAAAUAUUUGCAUAAUUUGUAUUAACUUGCCAAAAUUUCUUUGCUCCAAAUGAACCGACUUAAAUCAUACAAUACUCCUUUUGUGCACCUCUGACGUGCAUGUUCGUCAAAGGCAGCGAACGCUUUAAGAGUUUAAGUGAACCCUCCUGCUAUUAAUCACUUUCAAAUAUGACAAAUGAAUCUAAUAAAGGGGCUGCUUGAUGAAAGCAGAAGAAUCGAAUUAGCCUUGUCGAUUGCGUCAAGGCAGCCAGGAAUCGGAUGAUUUAAGCGAUUAUCAUUCAUUUACACAAUUUUACUGAAAUAUAAAAUGAUGGCUGACCUUUUAUUUUAUGACCAAAUUUCAAAUGAAGCAUUUGCAGCCAUUAAGCGCUCUCCUAUGACUUCAGUGUUGGCUUUUGUCAAGCCUCAGCCACAGUGUCUCAUAUGUGUUUCAGCGUUAAAAGGUAUGGUGGGCUCUUUGCACUUGGAACUUCCCCAAUCACGUUCAAAUGUGCCUGGAAAAAGGAUCUGACAGUAAAGUUCCAGGACUGAUGUCGCAGAACAUUUCGACAGUUCAUCCUCCCAAGUUUUCAAUUUGCUUCACUUUGAUGAUGCCAGGAACUGACAGAUGCUCAAGGCAGAUGCGUUGCCAUGGUGACGUAAGUCACAACUUGUCCCACUCAUCUCAGGUUCUUCUCAUAUGAUGAUGACCUUAACCUUAAACAAACGCCAGUCCUGGAACUUUCCUGACACGCUCGGAGAAUCCUGUAGCUAGACAUCACGCUGGUUACGUAGCGCUACUGCAGCGCCCGUCGUGUCAUUUGAGGACUCGCGCGGAUCGCUUUGGGUGACUUCCUCUGCGUUCCGCAACGUUGCUUUCUCACGCUUCGACAGCAAUCUCUGCUGACGCUCUCCUGAGAUAGCGCUAACGCACAGCGGGGCUAGCUUACGUAGCAAAACGAGCGACCGUCUCCAUCCUGUCUCGCUGUCUUUCACUCUCAUCUUCUCGGGUUACUAAACACGAGUAGAGGAGGAGCUUUGGACAGUCCAAACACACACACACAUACACUCAUCCCAGCCUUUGUUUCCUUACUUAUUCCACAUCUCCAUCUCCCCGCGGAGAGCUAAUGUGCGGCGGGAGCAUCCUGCUGGGCAUACACAUGUACACAGCUAAACGGGGGAGGGAGGGGGAGGAAACAGGAUGAGAGGAAAGGAGGGGAUGUGUGUUACACAAAGAGAGAGAGAGUGAUGCAAAGGGCGAGAAUAGGAGGCAGCGUCACCCGCCUAGACAGGAGGGAGGGGGAGGACAGACGGGAGUGGAAGUGGAGGGGGGGAGAGGAGAAGAGGAGAGGAGCACAAUGAAGUAGUGCCAUUGUCCGCCCUGGCAGCGUUGCCAUUCCACCAUCUGCCCGGAGUGAGGGGGGGAGAGAAGAGGAGAGGAGAGGACAGUCCAACCUAGAGGAGGACAAGAGGAAAGAUGGAGACGCGCAGCCGACGGUGACUUUGUGAAUUAAUCGAGCGAAAGAGUUUUUUGUUUUUUUUGAAAGGACCAACCAGGAUGAGCGGCUAACAUUUCUGUCACGUGACUACGGACCACAGUGUGUUUUGUAAAGUAUUUGUACAGAAAUUCUUUUAAGUGGUACUUUUUCAUGUUCUAGUCGUUCACAAUUUUUAAAAAUUCAGGUUGUUUUUAUGCAAGUUUUCUAAAUAUUGUUGUUUGACUUGUUUUUAUUUACUCGGACUCGCCAGAUAUGUCCUAGUUGGAGCCGGUCGGCCGAUCGCAUGCCGCCGCCGCCGCCAACUCGGCGUGUUAACAUUGAUCGGCUUUUAUGGCUGACGCGACAGCGCUCCAACUUUGAUCAUUUCCUGAAAGCUAUUGAUCUUUCCGGGGGAGUUUUGGUUCUCCUGUUUUGGUGAGCUAAAUAAUUAUGUCAACGUUGUGAUUAGCCGCUGUGGCUUUUUUUUCUUUUCUGCCGUUGUCAGGACUUACUCAGCAAACCUUCUCAACAGGCAUUUCUUUUAAUCGUCUGUUGCCAUGGCGAUGAGCCGCAGACGGAGCGAAAUGUAAAGUUUUAUUUUUUAUUUCUUAUUUCAAACUGGUGCUUUUCCAUUCACUUAAGAUGAUGCAGUACAUUUGAAUUUAUCAUCGUGUCUUUUUUUUGGGGUGAAAAUUCUCUCCAAACGUCGACCGGCUUUUGUUUUCACGCUCGAGACGCUCAGCCCCGUCUGCGCUCGACAGUCUCGGAGAAUCUAGGUUGUUUCAGGUCACCUGACCCCCCUCCCCUCCCCAUUCUGCGUUCACCUGAUGGUGAGUCGCGGCCGCUUCUUUUGUCCCCAUCUCACCUUAGUCAGCUGCAACCGAACGAAACCCCCAUCAGUCAAACGUUUGGAGGAACGACGGGAUUAAUUGAACAAACUCAUCCCGUGAGGACAUUUUGCCACGCAUGGCCGCCUGGCCUUGACACGGCUAAUUAAUGCUUAUUAGAAUGUUCAGGUUCUACUGUCAACGUGCAGAUGAUUCCCCUCACCUGACCCGUCUGGUUCGGUUCUUCGCAACCAGACAUUCUUAUUUGUGCCACUUUCUUCUUCAGCCCAUGUAUUGAUGACUCAGGAUUUCAUCUCCUCUGACGUCACUUGACCUAACAUCACUCUUUGAAUAGUUCGCUCGUGCUAGUUCAAAGAAGCAGGUUGAAGAUUUUUGUAAUUUGUUUUUUAUUAUAUUUGACUGUUUUGCUUUGCCAGUUGGUUCUCCACGGCCCCGAGUGACUUUUCCAGCCAUACUUCUCGAAGAAAAAAAAAAAGAUCUCGCACAGCUCCCCGUCCAGAUGGACGCUUAGCGAGCUUUGCUAGACAAGCCCUCUGUGGUGCUAGACCGAUGGUGGGCCACUUUCGCUUGCCGCAAUCUGUCGCGUGUCUCUUUUUUCUGUCUUUACUUCACAUCAAUAUUGGUGCCAAACCAGGUCCGGGUUUUAUCUAAGAUGAGGUCGAGAGAUUAUGACCGGUGCCUGAACCAACGCUGAGGCGGGCGGAGGUGUUGACUGUUUUUUCUUUGCGGAACUUGCUAGACUGUUGUUUGCCUUUAAGGUUGGACUAUGCAGAUAUAAGGCGAGUGCACUAAAUCUGUUGGGGUCGUCUAGAGCUUUAGAUGAUCAAAGUCCAUAUCAGAUCUUCUCAGGUAACAGCAGAGUGGGAGUUUAAUUGCGUAUUCCAAAUCAGGUCUCAUCAUCGCGAAGAGUGUUACAUCACCGCCGUGCUACGUCGGACACAUUUCAAAAUGGUGCUCUGGAGGUGACCAAUUUCAAACCACGACGGCCUCACUUCUUUUUAGCCAUAUCAGGAACUUCAGUCAGGAACGGGCCGGUGCUAUAACUUUUUUCUUUUUUUCUGAGCGCGUCUAGCCGUCCCGUCCGUGGAGGCGACGAGAGGAACCGGCGGUUAACCCUUUCUAAACAAGAGGCGGUGUUAAACGGGACAGUCUGGAGAACGGGCAAGCAGCCGCGGGAGGGGGCGGGGGGGAGAUCAUCUGGAAGAGGCGAGAGGAAGUGGUGGCGCGCGAGAGGGCGGAGGCGCUGGAGAGGCAGAGGCUGGCUGACUACAUUGUGUGGAGGAAGAGAGAGGACUUCCAGGAGAGGCGAGGAGAGAGGGAGAAGAGAGAGGCCAGUGGCGAGAGAGGGAAGGAAGCAGCGCCAGAAGUCAUCUGGAAGAAACGGGAGGAAGACAACGCGUCGCUUAGGGAGCCAGCUAGGGCGAGUCAGGGCGGACAUCAAAUCGUUUGGAGGAAGAAGGAGAGGGACUAGAAGAUUUUAGCCUUCCCGCUUCUACCGGACGAUAUUUGUAAGCUUGCUUUCUCGCCGUUGGCUAAUUGAGGUUGCUAUCGGCCAAUCGAAUCGUUGUACGUGGCCCUCGCCUCGUUAGCGUGCUCAGCCCCCCUCGCGACCCCACCGCCCUUCCCUCGCUGGCUGCUAAUAGGGUUUUUAUCGGAUUGUCUCGCCAGACUACUCUGUCAGACACGCAGAAAUAUAUACACACACACACACACACACACACACACACACACACAUAUGCAAGUUGUUGAGGGACAAUCGUUUGUUUUGAUUUUUUUUUUUUAAUGAUAGUUGGACUCAAAGAUGGCCUGUUGGCUGGAGCAAGAUUUUUUAUUUUUUUGGACUCAUGAGCCGAUCACACAAUGAACUCUGUUUUUAGAAGUGAACUGAUGUCAACAUGUCACGCGUCGAGACGCUCCAAAGUCUCCAUCCGCACGCAGCCAUAAUCGGGAACGUCGCUCUUUUCCACGCUACGCUCAUUGUGGAUGAAGCCAUUUUUAAAGCGCUCCACUUUGGGCAACCCGCUAACGAGUGGGAGGGAGGCUGACGAUUGGACAGAUGGAUGGCGCUCUUGCUCUGAGGGAGACCGGCUGCGCGUCCUCAAGAGAGACACUCUGAAACAAAAAAGACCUUGAUACAAACCACGAGCGUGGACUCGUACGGACAGAAGAAAAAAAAAAAAAACGCCACCAUGGAGCUCGUCCCCAAAACAAAGUACAGCCACUUUCGAAGCGAAUCGCUCAGCUCCGCUGACGAGACCAACUCCAAUCCGUCGCCCUUUCCUCCUUCAAGUCCCGCCACCCCCCUCACUCCAUCACCUGGCUUACCUUCCUCUCUGUCCUCCUCUUCCCUCGCCCCCAUGUUGCCCCCUUCUUCUCCCCGGCCUCCCGAGAACAGCCCCACUACCCUCUGCUCCUUCUUCCCGAGAAUGGGCUCCUUACGCCUGGGCGUCUCCGCCACUCUACUCAAGGCCUCCAACAGGCCACCACCUCAGCCUCGGCUCGCCGUGGAGUCCCCCGGGGACGACGGGAGCAGCUCCAGCUCCUCCCCUCCGCUACAUCACCCGCUCCCCCCUUUAACCGCUCCCUCUCCCCCUCCCCGCCCCCCUCUACAGGACAUGAACCGGCUGGGAGGCGGGGCCAGGAGGGCACGGGUCGAAGGCGCUCACCUGGGAGGAGAUGAAUGGACGCGGCAUGGCUCCUUUGUCAAUAAGCCCACCCGCGGGUGGCUUCACUCCGACAACGUGGUCAGCACCACCGGCGUCUCCUACUCCGUGCGGUACAUGGGUUGCGUGGAGGUGCUCCAAUCCAUGCGGGCGCUGGACUUCAACACCAGAACUCAGGUCACCAGGGAGGCCAUCUCGGUGGUUUGCGAGGCCGUACCCGGAGCCAAAGGAGCCCAGCGGAGAAGAAAGCCGUCCACACGCUGCCUCACGUCUAUUCUGGGCAAGAGCAACCUGCAGUUUGCUGGCAUGACAAUCAGCCUCACCAUCUCCACCAGCAGCCUCAACCUGCUGGCGGCCGACUGCAAACAGAUAAUCGCCAAUCAUCACAUGCAGUCCAUCUCCUUCGCCUCUGGAGGAGACCCAGACACGGCUGAGUACGUAGCAUAUGUGGCCAAAGACCCGGUCAACCAGAGAGCAUGUCACAUUCUGGAAUGCUCUGAGGGUUUAGCCCAGGAAGUCAUCAGCACCAUCGGCCAGGCCUUCGAACUGCGUUUCAAACAGUACUUAAAGAACCCGCCCAAACUGGUCGCGCCUCACGACAGGAUGGCUCCGUUUGACGGCUCCGCAUGGGAGGAAGAGGACGACGAAGCCGCUCUCCUGCCUGACGUCCCUUACUAUAACAACUUCCCCGGUAAACAGCCUCCCCCUGGUGGUCUGGUUGAUAUGAGACCACGUCCGGGCGCCACGCUGCCUUUUGGCCAACCGGGUCAGAAUGACAUUCACAAGCAGCCUCUUCCGCCUCUGCCAGGUGCCAAGGAAGGAGGGCGAGAGAUGUUUGAUGACCCCUCUUACGUCAAUGUGGAUAAGCCCCGCCCACCAGUCGCCGCCAAUGGGAACGCUCACAGGGAUGCUUUUGACAUGAAACCGUUUGAUGAUGCCCUGGGGGGCUCCACGACAGCAUCAGCGCUCCCUCUAGUGGAGCAGCUACAAUGCGAGACCUGGUUCCACGGCAGCUUGAGUCGCAGGGAGGCGGAGAGGCUGCUGGCGCGCGACGGAGACUUUUUAGUGCGGGAGUCGGGAACCACGCCGGGGCAGUACGUGCUCACGGGACAGCAGGGCGGUCAACCCAAGCACCUGCUACUCGUCGACCCGGAGGGAGUGGUCCGUACAAAAGACCAUCGGUUCGAGAGCGUGAGUCACCUGAUCAGCUACCACAUGGACAACAGACUGCCCAUCGUGUCGGCGGGAAGUGAAGUGUGUCUGCAACAGCCAGUGGAGCGGAGAGCCUGAAAAGAAAAAAAAAAACCUCCACCAAAUACAACCACAGGAAUGCACACCAAAAAAAAAGAAAAAAAAGUGUGCAAAGUUUUGACAUGCUGCUGUUGUGAACUAAACUGUGAACUGCAGUCCCAACUAUCAGGCAAAGCGACCCUGAAGCACUGCCGCAUCAUGUCCACAGCCGACUGUGAAACAGGAAAGGAAAUGCAAUUUUAAAAAAAGAAAACCAACCAUCAGAAGGUCUUAAUUUGUCAUCACGCCCCCCAAAAAAAAAGAAAAAAAAAGGAAACGUGGAAAAUAGCAGCAUGAAUAGAACAUGAGUUUGCAUGCUUUCAUCGUGAGUUCCACCUUUGGAUGUGUUGCUGGGCAGAAAAACAAGCUUUUUAUUAUUAUUUUUAUAUAUAUAUAUGUAGAAACUCACCUUCAAGAGCAGCCUUGAAGACCCUAACCACUCCCUCCCUUUAUUGACUGUUGAACUUGAGAUGAUGGGGGAUUAAAAAAAAAAAAAAAGGCAUGUAUGCGAAACUGGGACCGGUAUGCCAAUGAUCAUCUUUUUUUUUGUUUGUUUUGGAACUUUUUACAUAUAUAUUUUUUUUACCAUGACAUCCUGGACUUCAUAGGAGUGAGUACACACACCCGUCAUGCCAAAGAACAGCACCGGAAGUCUAAUUAGCAACAACAAUGCAUUUUGUUUUGUUUUUAAAUAUUUUAUAUUGUAUUCUUGAAUGCAUCAGCGGUGGAGAAUUGUGCAAUGAUGUCACCAACCAGCGCAAUAAUGAAUGGAGAUGUUUUGCAAUGACGAGAAACAAACACACAGUGGAACCUCCAACAGCAUGGUUGAGCGUUAAACCGAGUCCAGGGGGAUGUUUCGCGUAAAAUUCAAAUGUGAAUAGGAGUGUGAAGCUACUUAAGCUGUAUAGUGUACAGAAACAGAAAAGUAUAUUGUUCUAAAAUUUUGGAUUGAAUCUGAACGUUCUGCCAAAUUGAGCUCCACGCAUUGAACAAAUUAUUAACGGUCAAGUAAUUAGUUUUUUUUUCACUCGAAAUAGUUUCUGUUAGCACAUCUGCAUGGUUUCCUCAUACUGUACAUUUUCUUGGUACUCCUGCUUCUUCUCAUAAAAAAAAAAAAAAUUGCAUGCUACCACUGGCGGAGCUAGAAGGGGGGCCGUCGGGGCACUGCCCCCCUUGAAACAUAUAAUGACUAUUCAUCAGCGUUUUCUGAAAAAUCGUUUGCGUUUUAAAAAAAAAAAAAAUGUUUUUGGAGGUUCCACUGCAAGUCUGCACUGACAAUCUUUCGGCUCUCGUGUUCAAUCUGCAUAUAAGAAUGUAAAGGAACUAUGAUGGAUUUCCCAAUGCUGCGUGUUUGUGUAUAUUUGUUUCUUCUAAACAGAAAGAACCAGAAAGCCAAAUGUUACUCCUCGGUGCGAUGUCGUCGUCAGUUCAUGUUCUAUUUUUUUUUUGUAAUCUCUUUGUGCCUUGUUUCUUCAAUGCAGUCACUUGAGUCCAGCCACCUUAAGUCUAAAAAAAAAACACUCAGUUAAAACAGACUGCAAAAAAAAAUAUCACGAAACAAGCUAAUCCAGUGAUGGCAAUCGAUUCUGAUGCACAGUCGCAGAUAUUUGAUGUCACCUUGUUAUUUGGGAGGGGAGGGGAUUUUCCGACCAUCUGUAAAUAACUAUAUUGCAAACUUGCUGAGUAGUUUUAGAUGGAGGGGGGAGAACAUGACAUAUGAGAAGGGAUUUUUUCGGUCAACCAUUCGUCAAGUGGUCUUGUGCUCAUCACAGCUGCCUUUGUCGCAUGCUUAGAAAAGAAAUUGUUUAGUAAGAUGUUUUUGUGUGUGUGUUCUGGUGGUGGUGUGACUUGAUAGUUUGUGUCCUGAGGAAGAAAAAAAAAAAAAAGCCAUGAUUCCUUUAAAAAACAAAAAACUGCACAGGUGGUUUGAUUCUGUGUUAAUACUUGUUUAUAGGGAAAAUAUAUGUUUACACCUGUAACUGAAAGUCUAGAUUCAUGCAUAUAUAAAUAAAUGCAUAUAUCAUUCA